AUGGUAAUGUCAUUACUGUUUAAUCUGCACACCCCAAAAAAAAAGUAUCCAAGUGGACAAAACAGUGAUCAUGGUGUUGGAUAUGGAAGUAGGGGAGGUGUUGGAAGUGGAGGAGGUUAUGGUGUCGACGACGAUCAAGGUGUUGGAUAUAGAAGUAGGAGAGGUGCUAGAAGCAGAGGUGGAUAUAGUAGUGGUGGGGAACACAAAGGUGAUUACGGUGGCGGGGAAAGUAGUGGUAGUGGUGGAGGAAUUGGAUAUGGCAUUGGUUGUGUAAACGGAGAAGGUUAUGGAGGCGGUGAAGGUGGUGAUUCAGGUGCAGGUGGAGGAUAUGGUGGUGGAGGUGGUCACUGUGGAUGUGAGGGAGGAGGCUACAAUGCAAGAGGAGAGCACAGAGGUGCAUGUGGUGGUGGAGCCAAUGGUGGUUUAGGAGGGGAAAGAGGCGAUUGUGGAAAUGGAGCUGACAGUGGUUUAGAGGGUGGAGGUGGAGGUGGUGAUAGAGGCAUUAGAUAUGGCAUCGGUGGUGUAACAGGACGAUGA